AUGGACAAAGCUGAUGACAAGGUACAGCUGACGACCUUCAAAGCGAGACUGAGAUCCAGAGAUCUUGUGGCCUCCCUCACAAAGAAUCCUCCAAAGAUGAUGGCAGAAAUGCUCUUGAAAGUUCAGAAGUACAUGAAUGUUGAAGAUGCUUUAGCGGCCAUAAAAGAUGUAGAGAAGCCAGGAGAUAAGGCAAAGAAGGAAGACAAGCGUAGGGGUCAAAAGAGGGAGCGCCCAGAUCGUCAGAACAAUGAUGGGAACAGAAGAAAAGAUGAUAAAGGUCCUCGAACGAUCAAGGACGAGUACCAUCUCAAAUGGCCAAGACCAUUACACUCAUCCCCUAAUGUCCGUGACAAGAACAAGUACUACCGAUUCCAUAAAGAUCACGGCCACAACACAAAAGAUUGUAGAGACCUAAAGGAGCAAAUAGAGGAGUUGAUACGGAAAGGGAAAUUACAGAAAUAUGUGAAGAAGGGGGAAUAUAGUAAGUUCAGGGACGGCAAUAAGAGCCAGCAUGGGUCCUCUUCCAGGAGUGACGACCGCCCAUCCCAACCUCCACAAGAUGUGAUCGUGGAGAUAAAGACGAUUACAGGAGGGCCCUUCUUAGGAGGAUCAUUUAAAUCCCUCAAGAAAGCAUACUAG